GGGAGUUAAGAAAGUCUCGUGGUUUCACAGUACACAGCUCAGAAGGUAGUAGGAAGUAUGGCUAAUCUUUGGAGAUUAUGGAGUUUUCUCUACGGAGUUAUCCUUUGGUCGUGUAUUUUACGUGCCUUUUUUGUGAGUGGUCGACUAAUAAGAAAAGGCGAAGCCAGAACAAACUCGACCUUGCAAGAAUUCGAGCGAGGAAUGGACAUGUUGGAACAAUGCAAAACCUUAAAGUGCUCGUUCGCCAUCGAUGGAGACGAAUGCGAAAAAUUCAAGGAAUCGGUAUACACAGAAAAAGCCAUAGCUAUUUUCAUUAACGUAAACAUCGGAAAUUCGACGAAUAACGAAGAAACCGCACGAAUGAAGAACGUUCAGGUGAAGCGAAAGUGGGCAUGGCUGCGAGACGCGCGUGGAAAGUUUCUUGCCACACUACCUUACGACUUCGAUAUUCUUUCCCUCUCCACUUUGAAAAAGGAUGUGUAUAGUAGAACUUUGGAAUUUACUACGACGCCUCAGUACUGCUUUGCAAACAUUUCUCAAACUUGUCUACGCAGUUUUACUGCGACAGCCAUCUUUGAUUGUCUUGGAGGCACUUAUGGCAGCCUCUGUGUGAGAUCAAAAGAAUAUCACUGUUGUAAAAAAAAAGAAAACGGUUAUGUUUGUGAUAAACUCCUAAAAGACAAUCAGUGGAUUAAAAUUGCUAUAAGGUUUCUCUGGGCUUGCUCAAUUGGAUUUGGCCUGUUUGCACCUCUUUUGUUAAAGUAUUUUCCAAAAGAGUUUAAAAAGAGACCUAGAAUAAGGCCAGCGAGGUCAUUGUUCACUAGAAGUGAAUCAGUGUAUACAAAUAAUGAAACCCUAUCAGUGGACACAAUGACAUUGGGUGAGCGUCCACUGAUGUUUGCUCUUGAUGAUGGAAUGUUAGAUUUACUACGCACUAAAACGGAGUCAUUGGUUUUCUCAAGAUUGAGUCGUUGUCUUUUUGUCAUCUUGCUGAGUUCUCUGCCUUUGCUACAAGGUUUUAUAUACACGUACUUAAAGAAGGACGAUGUGGGAGCUCCCACUGGAAAAUUUCUUGGUGUUGGAGAUGCAUUUAUCACUUUGAUGGAAUCAGAUGAACGAAUUAAACUGAGUGCUGCAUAUGGUUUUUGCAUCAUGUUAACAUGCAUUACAGUUGCAAUCCCUAGAACCUUGUCUGAUUGUGCAAGGCGGCUCUCUGGGAGGAGAGAUGAGCGCACAUUCCUUGGAUUCAAGAAACCCGAUGAGAUCAUCAGUAUCUCAGACAAGAGAGGGUUCCAGCUGAUGUACGAGAACAUGGUCUUUCAUCUAUACUGUCUACUUAAAUUAAAAUUUUGGAAGUUUGUGCUCCUGGUGAUGAUCUAUCCCUUACUAAAACUCUGCAACAUUGAUGUCUUUGAUGAAGACCUUGCAGAGUCAGAUGAAAAUGUUGAACAAUCAGAUGAGGAAGAAAACUGUCAACUGUGCUCCAAAAUUUGUAAGGUAGUGCUAACACUGCUCUUGUUUCCAUUUUGGGCAGUCACUAUCGCCACAGCUUUCUUCCUGUAUAUUUUUCCAGUUACUUAUGUUGGUUUUCGCAUCUGGAAAAUGCUGUUCCGAAUUGAAAUAGAAUCGCCAUGCUGCCAGUACAUCCCUGCAUGUGUGAGAAUAACAACUUUUCCAGUUUUGUACAUCCUGUUUAUAGUGUUUUGCAUGUGUGUGGAAGCAUCUUAUUACAUGUUAGCAGUCGUCCUGACAUUGAACAUCAUGGUUCUGGGAAGCAUUAUUGGAUUUACAAUAAUUGGACUUCUCUUUAACAUUGAAUUUUAUUUCCCUUACAUUGUUCUCAGCUUGUGGGUUAUUGUAUACAUUCUCAGAGGAACGCACAAAUAUUAUGCUCAAUUUACCAACCUUAAGACUAUUGUUUUUGAAGAGUGUGAAAAAUUUGACGAAGAGACUAGGAAGGAAGCCAGCAUCCGUGAAACUUUUAGUGGUGCACCUCCCGAGAGAAGAUCCCCGUCACUUUCUUCCCCUCCAAGGAACAAGUCAACUUCAGCAGACUUCCUUAUCACAUUUGAUGGUUAUGGUGUUCCCAGCAUCCCACUGGAUAUUUUCCUCGCAUCCUCUCGUAAACUAAUGCCUUUCAAGCGUAUUAUACUGGCCAAAAUUUUUAAGGUGAUUGCACUGGGAAGUUACCUUGUAGUGAUAUUCUUGUUUGUGAUGUCACUGAUGGAAUUUAAAGCUGUGAAUCCCAUAGUUCAAGGACUGGCACUGUUAUUUCUUGGUGGACUGCCCCUGUUGACUCAGCAAAGCCCACAUCACAAAAUAGAGGCUGAAGAAAUCAGAGAAAGGUUUUAUGUCAAGGAUUUCUUGAAACAGUACACAAAGAGGGAUUUGUAAGUUUUCCUUACGUAAUUUGCAGUAGAGCAACUUUUGAUUGUUUUAAUGAACACCAAGAUUUAAAUAUCAAUUUUCUGUUCUGUUUCCAAACUUUUUUUAAAUUGCCUGUUAAUUUUGAGAAUUGGCUGGAAAAUUAAAUACUAAAAAUUCUCACCUAGUUGAUAUUUCUCUUUCUUCUCAUUUCCUUUCUACUUGAAAAUGGCCUCGUAGUAUUAUUAGGAGAAAUUCCAUUUUUUGUCACCCCAGGAGGGUGACAGGGUGAAAUAAGUAGCAAGUAAUGUGAUACUUCAUUGCAUUUCUCUGUAAUUUUUUUCCAGGAAACUUUGAGAUUAACAGAGAUUAAACAAUUGUGACUUGCGUGUUUGCUCCCAUUUUUCUGGUUUUCACAGAGUUUCCUGUGUUUACGCUGAGUUUUCAUUGGCUCCCUGUGAUAUUUUUGUUUUAACCCUUUCACUCCUAAUAUCUAAGUAGUAAUUCUCUUGCUGUCUGUCAUAAUAUUCUUGUGGUAUUUGUGUGGAGAAUUUAGUAUUGGAUCAACCAAUAAUCCCCUCAUUGAUAUUUUUCUCUAUUCUCUACUGAGCUCAAAAUUGACUAUCUUUCUCAUUCUAUUUGUAAUAAUAAACAGUUCUUACUUUGAUUAAAAGAUGAUCUCCUGUUCAUGACUCGCAAAAUCUUAUCCACACCUUUCCAAAACUAUAAACUAGAAUCAAUUUGCUUAAGCUAGCUUUGUUAUAAUACUGUUUUUACACUAACCUGCUACAUGAGAAAAUUCUGCACAAACAAUUACCUUUGAAAUCACACCCACAGAGUUGUAGUGAAGAGCACUGUGUCAGUGAAAUGUCCUCUAAUUAUUGUUAGAAACUUAUUUGUUUCUCCUUUCCCAACCUUAUCGAUGAAAGAAUGGAAAGAGAGAUCUAAAAAGAAUUGUGGUUGAAAAUUAAGUAGUCUUCAGCCAAGUUUGAGCACAAACGUAGUGCAUGUUUCGCAUUAGUGCAUAGUUUCUGGAACUUAGAUGUGGCCUAUGUUGUGUAAAGGUUAUUCAGUAUUCAUAGGUUAUGAAUAUUAAUUCUUCCAUGUUAACUCUGUUAAUUCAAAUAAAAAGCCUAGGUAAGAAAAAAUAAACAGGGGUGGAUCUGGGGGAGGUGCAAGGAAUGGGUGCCACCCUCUUUCCUGAAAUGACCUCCAGCUUCCUGUUAUAACUUCGCAGUCGGCAACAUUAUACAAAAUCUGAUGUAUUGUUUGCUAUGUAACCUCAGCAGUUCACAUUAUUCCCAAGUCUUCACUCUUAAAAUCUGUUUGCAUCACCUGUCAGUUAUGUCACUCCUUAAAGGUUCACCCGCUCCUA